UAAUAUUAUAGGCGAAGCUGUACAGAAACGUUGGGACAACUUACGUACAAUGUUUGUGCGAGCCCAUCGCAAACGAAUGGAGUAUAUUCCAUCUGGUUCUGGUGCAAUGGAGGGUCCAGAUGAGAGCAAUGGGAUAGAUUUUGCUUAUUACGUGGACAUGAGCUUUCUUAUUCCUCAUUACAAGCCUCGAAUGAUUUGUUCGAACAUGAAGGCUCCUAUCUCCAUUCAAAUACCCUCAUCCACUUCACCAUCAGCUGUAGCUGAAGAGUCUGCAUCAAUCAUUACUCUUCCAACUAAUUCGACUUGGAACCUAGAUCUUACAGAUUCCAUAAGUAUUGUAGAUAAUGAUGACAGCUGCUCUCUACCGUCAAUGUCCACAAAAUCUCCAUCACCUACUUUGUCUCCAACAUCUUCGCCAACGCCUGUAAAUAAAAUUUUACAAAAGAAUUUAAAGCAAGUCGUGCCAUUUUUUUUCCAUCUAUCAAGGCGAUGAAUUCCAAAAAUACAUCAGAAUCAGAAUCAGGAUUUUCUGGCACAUCUGUUGCCAGUAAAUUCAAACACAAAGCGAAUACCAAAGUUGUCAUACCUCCAAGUGACAUUUCCUUUAAACGAAAGAAGAAUGCCAUGGAUGGUUUCCUUGGAGAGACUGCAAAAAUGAUGGACAGAAUGGCUUCUACUGUUGAGACAGUAGUCUCAAGCCGAAGAACUAAAACGUCAUCACUUCCUCAAGAUAAUGAACUUACAUCACUAUCAGUGACAAUUGCUUACGUAAUGCAAGAUGUGCCAAAAACGAAAAGAAGAUUGUGUUUGGUUAAAAU